CGCCAGCGAGCCAGCGAGCGAGUGAGCGAGCGAGCGGCGAGCACCCCGAGAGGAGCGCGAGCACCAGCAUGGCGGGGCUCCGACGCCCGCAGCCCGGCUGCUACUGUCGCACGGCCGCGGCCGUGAACCUCCUGCUGGGCGUCUUCCAGGUCCUGCUGCCCUGCUGUCGCCCGGGAGGAGCUCAGGGACAAGCGAUUGAGCCCUUGCCCAACGUGGUGGAGCUGUGGCAGGCCGAAGAAGGGGAACUUCUACUGCCCACUCAGGGGGAUUCUGAAGAGGAGCUGGAGGAGCCUUCUCAAGAACAGAGCUUCUCUGACAAACUGUUUAGUGGGAAAGGCUUACAUUUUCAACCAUCAGUUCUAGAUUUUGGAAUGCAGUUCCUGGGACUUCCCGCAGCGAAGAUUCUCUAUGCCUACAACCCUAGCCAGGACCGUGAGGUGGUGGUGAAUUCUGUGUUUACAGCCGCUCGGCAUUUCCACGUGCCUCCCGUUCACUGCAGGGUAAUCCCAGCAAUGGGGAAAACUUCCUUCCGCAUCAUUUUCUUGCCCACAGAGGAAGGAAGCAUCGAAAGUUCUUUAUUUAUUAAUACCUCUUCCCAUGGAAUCCUUUCCUAUCAUGUAUCUGGGAUUGGCACUCGCAGAAUCUCUCCGGAGGGCUCUGCCAGGCAGCCAGCGAAUGCUUAUUUUCUGCUCCCACAGGUCCAGAGCAUUCAGCUCACCCAAACACAGGCAGAAGCCACUAAUACUAGCCUCUUGCAGGUUCAACUGGAAUGCAGUUUACAUAAUAAAGUGUGUCAGCAAUUAAAGAGCUGUUAUUUGGAAUCUGAGGAUGUUUUGCGCCUACAAAUGAGCAUCAUUGUCACAAUGGAAAACUCCUCAAAGGAAUUUGAAGAGAACACACAAGAUUUAUUAGAUCAUCUCUCCAUUGUUUACGUAGCUACAGAUAAAUCUGAGACCUCAGACGACUCUGCAGUCAGCUUGUACGUAUUGCAUUCAGGGAGCAGCCUCCUGUGGAUCCAGGAUGUGCGUCACUUCUCACACACCAGCGCUCUGUCCCUGCAGUUUGAACCCGUCCCGAUCCCUCCUUCCACCACAAACUUCACCAAAAUUGCCUCUUUCACUUGCAAAGCAGCUACACCAUGUGGAAUUGUAGAAGCUGGGAACAAACUCAGAAGCACUCCAACACUAAAAGCGUGCCUUGCCUCACUUGUGGUUCCGGGGUAUUUUCGGAUGGACCCCGCUGCAGUGCUAUUUCACAUGGAGACUCGGGGGAACAUGUCUGGGGUGUGGUCAAUAUGGGGCUUCAACCAUUUUGACCGCAGCAUUGUGGUAAAGCACGUGUUUGUUUCCAAGGAGACCAAGCACAUUUUAAGGAUUCUGAAUUUCACUGGCCCUUUAUUUCUACCUCCAGGCUGUUGGAAUAUAUUUUCUUUGAAACUUGCUGUUAAAGCCAUUGGCAUAAAUCUAUUCACCAAUAUAUUUUUGACUACCAACAUAGGUGCCAUUUUUGCAAUACCUCUACAGAUCUACUCAGCACCAGCUAAGGAAGGGAGUCUGGGUUUUGAAGUGAUAGCACAUUGUGGCAUGCAUUAUUUCAUGGGAAAAUCCAAAGCAGAAAAUCCUGCUUGGGACGGCAGCCUUCCUCUGCAGUGGUCUGCCUGGGCCGAGGAUUCCAAACUCGCAAAUAAACUGCAUGAAAGAUGGAAGAGAUACAAGAACGGUGACGUGUGCAAGAGGAGCGUUUUGGGCAUGACUCGAUUUGCCCACGUGAAGAAGUCCAAGGACUUGGAAUCCUUUGUUUCUUCCUUGCCUCGGUUGCUGGCGGAGCCCGGCCUCACGUUGAACUUCAGCGCCACUGCUGUCAGGAAUAGCAUGGUGAAGUACUUUGUACUGAAGAACCCAUCGUCCCUGCCGGUCUCUGUGCAGCUCCUGCCCCUGUCCUUGUACCCUAAACCGGAAGCCACCGCACGCCUGCUCCACAAAUGGUUUGGCACUGAUAUACAGAUGAUUAACUUUACCACCAGUGAAUUCCAGCUCACCAAAGCUUGCCCUUACCGGGGCGUGCAAGCCGAGGAAUCCAGGCCAGGCGUCCUCCACUUGCAUUUGCAGCCCUUGGAAGUGAAAAGGGUGGGAGUCGUUUUCACGCCUGCCGACUACGGAAAAGUCACCUCGCUCAUCCUGAUCCGGAACAACCUGACUGUCCUUGACGUGGUUGGCGUGGAGGGAUUCGGAGCACGGGAGCUGUUGAAGGUGGGCGGGAGACUGCCUGGCGCGGGAGGCUCCCUGCGGUUCAAGGUGCCUGAGUCCACGCUGAUGGACUGCCGCCGACAAUUGAAAGACAGCAAACAAAUUCUAUCGAUCACGAAGAACUUCAAAGUGGAGAACGUUGGACCCCUGCCCAUAACUGUGUCCUCGCUGAGAAUUAAUGGGUAUAAUUGCCAGGGUUACGGAUUUGAAAUUCUAGAUUGUCACCAGUUUUCGCUGGACCCGGACGCAUCCCGCGACAUCAGCAUCGUGUUCACUCCAGACUUCACCUCCUCCUGGGUCAUCCGGGAGCUGACCCUCGUGACGGCAGCCGGCCUGGAAUUCCACUUCACUCUCAACGUGACCCUGCCUCAUCACCUGCUGCCCCUGUGCGCCGAUGUGGUUCCGGGGCCCAGCUGGGAGGAAUCCUUCUGGAGGCUCACCGUGUUCUUUGUCAGCUUGUCCCUGCUGGGUGUGGUCUUGAUUGCCGUCCAGCAAGCCCAGUACAUCCUUCUGGAAUUCGUGAAAACGCGGCAGAGGCCGAGCGCCGGCGCUUCCUCCCAGCUCAGCAGUGGGUCCGUGGACGUGGUCAGCUCCCACACUCACAAGAGCACUUGCAAGACCUUCCUGGACCCGUACGGCCCCUCUGAUAAGGGCCGAGGGAAGAGCUGCCUGGCCGUGAGCAGUCCCCGGAACAGAGUCCAGAAUGCUGCCAAGAGGAGCCCGGCCUCUUACGGACACUCCCAGAAGAAGCACAAGUGCUCAGUCUAUUACAGCAAGCACAAAGCCAGCAGCAUGCCCGGGGCCGCCGGCACCAGCCCCGCUCCCACCCCCGACGACAGGCAGGCGGCCUCGGGCAGCGCCCUGUCUGCCCCCAGAGAGGACCUGUGCGUGGAUGUUGGAGCAGAGAACUGGGUCCGCCUCGGGGAGACUGUUGGCCUGCAGAAGAGCUCGGGCCUCCCCAAAAACUUGCUGAGCAAAGAAGACAGCACCCCGAAAGCGGUGCUGCUCGUCGGUCCCCCUUCCCCAGAGUGUACUGUGAAGGAGGUGGGACAGCCAUGUGUGUUUCCUAAGGAAACUGCCCUGAAGACUUCAGAGAAUGCCGAGCUCAGGCAGCAAGAGCUCUGUCCUCUGAAGACCCCUAAGAAACUACCUGAAAGCCAUUUGCCAAGAAGCCCACCUCAGUCCCCACCAGACUUGCCAGAAAGUUCCAGAAGAAACGCUGGGAACACCCAACAAGUGCCUGUGAAGAACGAGGCAGACAGCUGUGAAGCCUCAAAGAAGACUGAGGCGCGGUCACCUUCAGACAGGAGGAGCCACCGCACGUCUAGAGAAGACACGUGUCCCGAGAAACUGGACACGCCGCCCCUGGAGCAAGAAGAUCCCGCCAGGAAGAAGAAGCUACAGGAGAAGAAAGAAGCUGGUUCACAGAGCCUGAACUGGAAUAAAAAUCGAACGUGCAGAAAAAGCAAGAAGCGGGGUGGCGCCCAGCUCUCCCGGCCUCCAGAGCAGAGUGAACUCAAGCUCAGCUGCGAAGGCUGCGAGCCGUCAGGGCUGAGCGGCGGCACCGACGCCAGGAGCUGGAGUGAGCAGGAAAGCGCCGGGGCACCGCACAGAGCAGACGGCCCCGUGGCAAGCGGCUGCUCUGCUGAGCAGAGAGGGGCAGAGGGCUGCUGCCCCAAGCCCCAGAAGAAGUGCAGGGACAAGUUCUGCUUGGAUUCCAGCUCGGACUGUGGGAGCUCGUCGGGCAGUGUGCGUGCCAGCCGAGGCAGCUGGGGCAGCUGGAGCAGCACCAGCAGCUCUGAAGGGGACCGGAAACCCAUGGUGGAGCCACAGCGCCUCCUGCUGGCUGGCGACGACAGCUCCCUAGCUGAUUGUCCAUCCGAGGCCCCUGUGUCGUUGACCAACAUCUGCAACGCCACGGACGCGAGUGGCUUCCCACAGUUCCCAGAGCCCACGUGUGCCAGCUUGCCUGCCGGACCCAUGGAUGUCACGGAAGAGAAAGGGCUGUACUCGCCUGGAGACCUGUGGCCAGUGUGCCUGGCCAGCAGCCUCAACUGCACCCUGGAGGGGGCUGCGCCUUGCGUGAUGCAGGAGCCGGCCCAGGUGCACAACAGCUUCAUCGACUGGAGUGCAGCUUGCGAGGGUCCGUUCCCCAGCGUCUACUGCCCCCUGGAGCUCAACGACUACAGCUCCUUUUCGGAAGAAACCAUCAACUAUGGCAGCGGCUUCCCCUGUCCCUCUGAAGUCCCCACAGACUUCAUGGACCACAGCGCUCAGUCCACCUGGAGCUCUCCGGCCAACAUCACGACCACCUGGGGACACGCCGGCUUCAUCAGCGCUCCGCCCUACCUCACGAGCACCCGCAGCCUGUCACCCAUGUCUGGACUCUUUGGUUCCAUCUGGGCCCCACAAAGUGACGUGUACGAGAACUGCUGUCCCCUGAACCCGAGCGCGGAACCCUCAGCCCACAUGGAGAACCAGGCAGUCCUGUGCAAGGAAUACUACCCUGGGUUCAACCCGUUCCGUGCCUACAUGAACCUGGACAUAUGGACUACCACGGCCAACAGGAGCGCCAACUUCCCCCUGUCCAGGGACUCGGGAUACUGCGGAAACGUGUGAGAGGCGGCUGGGUUUGCAAGCGCAAUGGAAUAAAGAGGCUUCUGUUUGAAUGACUAGCGUGGCAACUGGUUGAUGGUAUAGACGACGACAUUGGCGGGUAUUUUGGCACUUUUAUAUGAAAAUAAAUUUUUUAAUGAAAUCU